UUAUGUAUUUAUGAUCAAAUAAAUUUAAAAUAAAUUCUGUGUUAUUAAUUGUCGGUGAUUGUAUAGUAUUAAUUUAACAAUUAACAUUAAUAAUUGUUAACUUUUGUCUUGUUGUUUGUUGUCAACGAUUGACGAAGAAUUACGAUCAACACAGUCAACAAUAAUAUAAUAUACACAAGGUAUAAUAAAAAAAUAUAUAUAUUUGUAUUUUAAGCAUGGCCAGAUACAAUAAUGAAAAUGAUAGCGAUAAAAUAGAUCCUACAACCGUAGCAUCUGAGCUAAAAUCUAAUAUUAAACAAGACAUUAUCAAAGAACUGUUACAUGGCUCAUUUCAAGAUAAUAAAACUAAACUGGGAAACGAAGCUCUGACCCUGGUCGUGGAAAUAGCAAAGUGUCUUGUUACUGAGACUUGCCUGAGAGCUUCAAGUGAAGCUUUACGUGAUGGGAGUGACAAAGUUGAUUUUGAACAUGUUGAAAAGUGCCUACCACAACUGAUGUUGGAUUUCCCAUAGUUUCCCAUAUGAUAGGAGAUUUCGUCAAUUUUAGAGAAGCAAUUGGUGCUCAGAGUACUCAUCUUAUAUUUUUAUGGUGUGUUACACAAGAAUAUUAACUAAAAACAUAUUAAGAAAAAAAUCUGUCAACAAUUUAUUAACUAAAUGAAAAAUUGAUCUUAAUAAUUUGCAAUGCACCUGUCGAUCAUUUUAAAUAAAUCUCAUAUUUUUGUAGCAAAUGUCAUUAAAAAAAUUUAAUAUUAC